AGGGUCUGGCGUGCUCCGUGAGCCAGUAAGUGGGUGGGCCGCCAGCAGCCGACGCCGGGCUUUCGCCGAAGCCUGGCCUGACUGGUUCCUCCCGGCGGCGACUUCCUGGUGUGGCUGCUUCCACCACGAGCCCACCAGCCUGCCCAGCAAACGGCCCAGGAGGCACCUCGGAAGACAGGCCUGGACUACUGUAAGGGCCACAGCCCGGAAAGCCCCGUAGAGCACUUCCACUCUGCACUCGUGGGGUCUCCUGGAGUCGGAAUCCACUUGACUGCAGCAUGAACGCGGCUGCAUCUUGUGGCUGACAAAUGCUCACUGAGGACCCAGCCCAGCAGAAAGAUGUCUCCCUCGCUCCCCACUGAAUGUUGAGCCACCACCUGGAUGACAGCGCCUCCGGGUGCCUUCCCCGUCCAGCUCCGGCAGCCCUCAGUCAGCGGCCUCUCGCAGGUCACCAGCAGCCUGUACAUCAGCAGUGGUGCAGCUGCCAACAACAAGCUGCUGCUGUCCCACCACCAGAUCACCACAGUCAUCAACAUCUCGGCAGAGGUGAACACCCGCUAUGAGGGCAUCCAGUACAUGCAGGUGCCUGUGGCCGACUCCCCCAUCUCACGCCUCUGCGAUCUCUUUGACCCCAUCGCCGACCACAUCCACACUGUGGAAUUGAGGCAGGGCCAUACGCUGCUGCACUGUGCCGCUGGCAUCAGCAGCUCAGCCACCUUUUGCCUUGCCUACCUCAUGAAGCACCAUGCCAUGUCGCUGCUGGAUGCCCACGUGUGGGCCAAGUCAUGCCGACCCAUCAUCUGGCCCAACAGUGGCUUCUGGGAGCAGCUCAUCCACUACGAGUUCCAGCUGUUCGGCAAGAACACUGUGCACAUGGUCAGCUCCCCUCUGGGUAUGAUCCCUGACAUCUACGAGAAGGAGGUGCAGCUGAUGAUCCCACUGUGA